UUUUUUUAAUAUUAGUAAAAUAAAAAUUUCUAUACUGUGGACAUUAUAAAAAAAUUACUUCUAAUAAUCUUAAACACAGUAAAUAAUUAAUAAUAAAAUAAUUUAAAAUGACGAAUUUUUUCAAAAAUCUGUAUUAUUUCGCACUUUUUUUCCAAUUAUUUAACGUUAAUACAGCAGCAAGUGUUUCGAAUUUAAAAGUUUUGAAUGGCAUGAAGUCGGUAAAAGAAAUCGUUCAAACCAUUGUACCCAUUUUUAAAAUUUAUAAAUACAACGAAGGAAUAUAUUUAUGUAAUGGGGUAUUAAUCCAUCCAAAAGCUGUCCUAUCAUCUAAAGCGUGUAUUCAAGAUUUUAGUGCUCAAUCUUAUGCAAUUGGAAUUUUUAAUUGGCAUCAGAAAGAGGCAACUAUAAACCCAGCUAAACUUUAUCACGUUAAAUAUUUUUUGAAUAGCUUCAUGAUUUUUGGAUAUUUACAUACCGAUAAACCAAUCCUAAAACGAAAAAUUGAUGAAUAUGACUUUGUUACUGUUUAUGAGCCAAUAAUAUUAGUUAUGGAAAAAUCGAUAAAUUCGAUUUUACCAACAGAUAUUUCGAAGUCAUUAACAUCAACCGAUAUUUAUAAUGAGAAUUUCGAAAAAACAUGUUUUCGCAUUAAAAUUGUUCAAUCGAAUGUAGGAACUUAUUUGAUAAAAAAUGAAUUUGUAUUCAGUUAUGAAAUGAUACAUGAAAGAAAUAUUUUGAGUUCUUCAGACUUAAUAAGGAUAUACAAUAAUUCUAUUCAUGAGAAAUACAACUUCAACAAUAAUACUUCAAUCCAUUAUAUAAAUAAUGAUUCUGUAUUUGUAUAUAACUCCAGUAAAAUUUCCGAUAGGGAAAUUUCCGGAUUGGCGGGAUCUCCAUUGAUUUGCUAUGCCCCUGGAAAAGGUGAUCAGUUUUCAUUUACAGGAAUUUUGAUUGAUAUCCUAAACGACUUACCGAUGUAUUUUGUUGUUAACGGAAAUUGGCUGAAGCAAAAAUUGCAAUUUUUAAAAACUCUUUGAACACUCACACUUUAUACAUGUCUUUUCUAAUUCUUUUAUCUAUAAUAUAUACAUUUUUUUCAAUUACAAAGUUAAAUUUUAAUGAUAAUUAUUCUCAUUUGUUGAUAAUAGUUCACUUUGAUAAUAUUCCCUGGUCAAAAAUAAAAAUUGGUUUAGAUUUGGUCGUCUUUAUUCGUGACUAAGUAAGACCAGUUGAGUCGAACAAGGCAAACUCACGCAAAUUCGCCUUGGUUUUGGCUUAACUGGUCCUACUUAGUCACAAUUUUAGACGAUCACGUCUAAACCAAAUUUUCUUUUUGACCCGGGCGAUCAACUCAGGAAUAAUGAGAAAUUUGGUCGUCGCUAUUCUCUUACAAUUCUAAUUUAUUAAUGUAUAAUUUUUAUUUUACCAAUAACUAGGGUAGAGGUGCCAUUUGUGGGCACUGUCCCAUUUUUUGACAUUCGAUACUUCAUUUUAAAUUAAAAUAAAAAAAUCAGAAUUUUAAAUUAAUGAAGAAGUGUAAAAUAAAAUAAUCAUUUUAACAGUGGGAUAAAAGUAUCCUUAACUGUAUUUUAAAAAUUAUUUAUAUUAUUGUGUUUGUUACGAGUUAUUUAAUUUAAAUUUUUAAAGUAUCCAAAACUGGCCCUGAAGUGGCCAAAAAUAGUAUCUCUACCCUAUAUUUCAAUAAAAUUUUUAGAAUCUGG